AUGAAGCUCUUAAGGAAUAGUAAAUAUUUUUUUGUCGUGCUUUUAUUAUGCCUAAGCGUGUUUAUUAGUGGUCAGGGAAUUCUUGAUGAAGUAAAAUAUAGUGAAGAAGUAUGUAACGAAAAAAUCGAUAUUCAUAUAUUAGUGGACGGUUCAGGAAGUAUUGGGCACUCCAAUUGGAAUCUCUACCUUAUUCCAACACUUACUACUUUGGUUAACAACUUAAAUAUUUCAAAAGAUGCGGUUAAUAUAACUAUGACACUUUUUUCAUCAUAUACACAAGAUUUAGUUAGAGUUAACGGAUAUGGAUCUACUAGUAAAACCGAUCUACAUUUUGUAAUUGAAUAUAUUAAAACUAGAUAUUUGCCCCAGGGUACCACAAAUUUAACAGCUGCAUUAGUGAAUGUUGAUAAUUUAAUUCAAAGCAAAGCGGUUAGACAAGAUGCAAUACAAUUAGUUAUUGUAUUAACGGACGGUAUUCCAAAUAGUUUAAAGAAAGCUGCUGAUGCUGUCGGUGAAUUAAAAAGAAAAAAUGUAACUGUUUCAAUUAUAGGUGUUGGUGCAGGCGUUAAUCAUAAAUAUAAUCGAAUUUUAGUUGGAUGUCCUAGACUUGGACGAUGUCCAUACUAUGCUUCUGGUGAUUGGAAUAAAGCACAAGCAAUGAUAAAACCUUUUCUUGCUAAAGUUUGUCAGGAAGUAGAAAGGACUGCUCAUUGUGGAAAAUGGGGAGAAUGGAGUGAAUGUUCUGCUACUUGUGGUACUGGAGCAAAAAUUAGAAGAAGAAAUAAAUUACAUCCAAACUGUAUUUCAGAAAUGACAACUCCAUGUAAAAUUCGUGACUGCCCCACAAAACCGGAAGCUCCACCUGCCCCCACAAAACCGGUAGCUCCACCUGUCCCCAAAAAACCGAAAGCUCCUCGUAUCCCCUCAAAACCAGUAAUUCCUCGUAUCCCCUCAAAACCAGUAAUUCCUCCUACCCCCUCAAAACCAGUAGUUCCUCCUACCCCCCAAAAACCGGUAUCUCCUCCUGUUGCCCCUAUUAAAGUUCCAGAGAUACCAAUAGAGCCUGUAGAGCCUAUAGAACCAGCAAAACCAAUAGAGCCAGAAAAUCCAAUUCUACCAAUAGAACCUAUAAUACCAGCAGAACCAGCAAAUCCAGAAGAACCAUUAAGUCCAGAAAAAAUUGAAGAUCCAUUUAUAAUCCCAGAUGAACCUACAGACGACCUAAUUAUUCCAGAUGUUGAACCAGCAAAACCAAUAGAGCCAGAAAAUCCAAUUCUACCAAUAGAACCCAUAAUACCAGCAGAACCAGCAAAUCCAGAAGAACCAUUAAGUCCAGAAAAAAUUGAAGAUCCAUUUAUAAUACCAGAUGAACCUACAGACGACCUAAUUAUUCCAGAUGUUGAACCAGAUGUACCUAUAGAACCCCUAGAUAUUCCAGAUAUAAAACCCAAGAAACCUAGGGCUCCACUAGAUGUUCCAGAUAUAGAACCCGAGGAACCCAUUGACCCCCUAGAUAUUCCAGAUAUAGAACCCGAGGAACCCAUCAACCCCCUAGAUAUUCCAGAUAUAGAACCAGAUGUACCUAUGCCCCCACUAGUUAUUCCCGGUAUAGUACCAGAAAAACCUAUAAAAGACAUAAUAGUUCCAGAUAUAGAGCCCCAAAACCCUAAUAUUCCAGAUGAAAAUACUGAAAUUCCAAGCAAUUUACCAGAAAACCCAGCCGACUCAGAAGUAGAAUAUCCAAAACCAAAUGAAGGUGGUGACAAUCCAAAUAAUACGCCCAACCCAAAUAAAAAUAUACCCAAUCAAGAUGUAACACCAGAAAAUAAUGACCCAUCUAAAGGACAAGGAGAAAGAAUACCAAAACCUCAUCAAUCACCUGAUGGAUAUGUAAAUGAUGAUUAUGUAAAUGAUAAUGAACCCAUAGAACCCGAAACCACAAAUAAUAAUGAAGAAAAUAAAAAUAAAAAUAAGUCUAGAUCUAAUAACGGAUAUAAAAUAGCUGGUGGUAUUAUUGGAGGAUUAGCUAUAAUUGGAUGUGCAGGUGUUGCUUAUAAUUUCAUAGCAAGUGGUGGCGCUGCAGGAUUAACUGGAGAACCAGCACCCUUUGAAGAUGUAAUAGCAGAUGAUGAAAAGGAAACUAUGGAAAACGAACAGUUUAAAUUACCUGAAGAUAAUGACUGGAAUUAA